AUGGCUUUCCAAGGACUAAAAGGUUUGACACAUGCUUUAAAUAUUCAUGCUAACUCUAAAUCAACAAGAAAAUGGAAGGGAUCUUUGCAAGGAAGCAUCCUUCAUAGGAUGUUGCAAGAAUUCAAAGAUUAUGGACCAGCCCCUCCUCAUCCUGUCAGCAUUUUGCAACGGUCGAUAUCGGGAGUUCCUUGUCAGGUUCUCAGAGGGCCCCUUGAAGAUGCUGUCGAUGAUGAAGAGGAAGAGUGUCUAUCUGAGGGAAAUGACAUCAUCCUUAAAGGAGACUUUCCAUUGGAGGAAAGCUUUUCCACAGAAUUUGGGCCUGAAAAUCUGAGCUGUGAAGAAGUGGAAUACUUUUGUAAUAAAGGUAAUCAAUGUAGCGUGAUGAAUCUUCCUAACUCCAGCAAAAAGACAAAGGCUCCUGUCCCCAUGGUACUGACUGCUGGCCCCAAGUGGCUUUUGGAUGUGACUUGGCAAGGAGUAGAAGACAACAAAAACAACUGCAUUGUGUACAGCAAAGGGGGUCAGCUUUGGUGCACUACUACGAAGGCCAUCUCUGAGGGUGAGGAGCUAAUUGCCUUUGUGGUAGAUUUUGACUCAAGGCUACAAGCUGCCAGUCAGAUGACACUCACAGAAGGGAUGUAUCCUGCGCGACUGCUGGAUUCAAUUCAACUGCUCCCUCAACAAGCCGCCAUGGCAUCUAUUUUGCCUACAGCUAUUGUCAAUAAGGACAUAUUCCCUUGUAAGUCCUGUGGCAUUUGGUAUCGAAGUGAGAGGAAUCUGCAAGCACAUCUCAUGUACUACUGCAGUGGGAGGCAGAGAGAUGGGCCCCCAAUGACAGAAGAAAAUGAAGAUGCUCCCCACCAGAUAUCCAGUGCUUGCCCCUUCCCACAGUGCACCAAAAGUUUUUCCAAUGCCCGAGCCCUGGAAAUGCACCUAAAUUCUCACAGUGGUGUGAAAAUGGAAGAAUUUCUCCCUCCCGGUGCUAGUCUAAAAUGCACCGUUUGUAACUACACUGCUGACUCCGUGAUCAAUUUUCACCAGCACCUGUUCUCCCACCUCACUCAAGCUGCCUUCCGAUGCAACCACUGUCACUUUGGCUUCCAAACUCAGAGGGAGCUAUUGCAGCACCAAGAAGUCCAUGUCUCUGGCAACAAACUUCCAAGAGAAAGUGACAUUGAACACUCUCCAAACGGAAACGAAGACAACCUACAGCCCACCACCGAGCUGUUGACUAGGAAUGAACUUCCCCAGAGCCAAAAGGGCAUGCAGACUAAAGAUGCCAGCUCUGACACGGAGCUGGAUAAAUGUGAGAAAAAGAACCAGCUUUUUCUCCCAAAUCAGAGACCAGAACUGCAGCCUUCAACCAAUAAACAAAGUUUUUCCUAUACAAAAAUCAAGUCUGAACCAUCCAGUCCAAGACUCGCCUCCUCUCCAGUUCAGCCUGGCAUUGGUCCCUCUUUCCCCAUGGGCCCUUUUCUAUCUCAGUUCGCAUUUCCCCAGGAUAUCACAGUGGUUCCUCAGGCUUCCGAGAUCCUGGCCAAGAUGUCUGAACUGGUCCACAGGAGGCUGAGGCACGGAAGUAGCAGUUAUCCUCCUGUGAUCUACAGUCCGCUAAUGCCCAAGGGGGCCACUUGUUUUGAGUGCAACAUAACAUUCAACAACCUGGACAACUACCUGGUGCACAAAAAACAUUAUUGCAGCAGCCGAUGGCAGCAGAUGGCCAAAUCUCCGGAAUUCCCCAGCGUGGCAGAGAAAAUGCCCGAGGCUGUGAGCCCUAACAAUGGUCAGAGCUCCAUCAACCUUCUUAACUCCGCUCCGCACUCUUCCGAUCCUGAGAAUCAGCUCCUUCAGACCGCCUGUAUCAAUUCCUCUACCGUCUUAGAUUUGAUCGGGCCGAGCGGAAAGGGGCACGACAAGGACUUCCCUGCGCAGGCUAAAAAGCUAUCCGCUUCCAACAGCAACGAUGACAAAAUCAAUGGGAAACCCGCUGAUGUGAAGAAUCCCAACAUUUCCUUAGUGGAAGGGGAGAGCGAUCCCAAUAAGACCACGUGUGAUGCUUGCAACAUCACUUUCAGUCGCCAUGAAACCUAUAUGGUCCACAAGCAGUACUACUGCGCUACUCGUCACGACCCUCCGCUGAAGAGGUCGGCUUCCAACAAAGUGCCUGCGAUGCAGAGAACGAUGCGUACCCGCAAGCGAAGAAAGAUGUAUGAGAUGUGCCUCCCUGAACAGGAGCCCAGGCCUCAGCUGGUCCAGCAGCGCUUCCUGGAAGUAGCCAACCUCAACAAUCCUUGUACAUCGACUCAAGAGUCCGCCGAAGGACUGGGAGAGUGCUACCACCCGAGAUGCGAUAUCUUCCCGGGAAUUGUCUCAAAGCACCUGGAAACCUCUCUCUCCAUCAACAAAUGUGUUCCGGUCUCCAAGUGUGACACCACUCACCCCAGCGUGUCCUGUUUGGAGAUGGACGUACCCAUUGAUCUCAGCAAAAAGUGUUUAUCUCAGUCUGAGAGGACGUCUACGUCCCCCAAAAGGCUGCUGGAUUACCAUGAGUGCACUGUUUGCAAGAUCAGUUUCAAUAAGGUGGAAAAUUACCUGGCCCACAAGCAGAAUUUUUGUCCAGUCACCGCACAUCAGCGUAAUGACCUCGGGCCACUGGACGGCAAGGUGUUUCCAAAUCCAGAAAGUGAACGGAACAGCCCCGACGUGAGCUAUGAAAGAAGUAUAAUCAAAUGUGAGAAAAACGGAAACUUGAAGCAGCCUUCUCCCAAUGGAAACUUAUUUUCAUCCCACUUAGCGACUCUGCAAGGACUGAAAGUCUUUAGUGAAGCUGCCCAGCUUAUUGCAACAAAAGAAGAAAGCAAACAUUUGUUUCUCCCACAAUGCCUUUACCCUGGAGCAAUAAAGAAAGCUAAAGGAACAGACCAGCUUUCUCCAUAUUAUGGAAUAAAGCCAAGCGAUUACAUUUCUGGUUCUCUGGUCAUUCAUAACACUGACAUAGAUCAAAGCACAAAUGCAGAUAGUGAGUCACCCAAAGGCCAGACCCCCUCCAAUGGGUGUGCUGGCCAGAAGAAAGAGUCUCUGCCAUUGUUACCCAAAAACAGAGGCAUGGUAAUAGUGAAUGGUGGCCUGAAACAAGACGAAAGGCCCGCCACAAACCCACAGCAAGAGAACAUUUCCCAGAAUCCUCAGCAUGAAGACGGGCACAAGUCUCCCUCUUGGAUCUCUGAGAAUCCGUUAGCUGCAAAUGAAAAUGUUUCUCCCGCAAUGCCCUCCGCAGAGGAACAGUUGUCUAGUAUAGCAAAAGGUGUGAAUGGCUCCACCCAGGCUCCAACAAGUGGGAAAUAUUGCCGCCUGUGUGACAUCCAGUUCAACAACCUUUCAAACUUUAUCACUCACAAGAAGUUUUAUUGCUCAUCACAUGCAGCAGAACAUGUCAAAUGAAAAAAAAAAAAUACAAAAACCAACCAACCAACAAACCCAUCAGAUACCUUUGGUACCCGUGUUUAGUAUCUUGUUCCAUGCAGUCCAAGCAGAAGUGCUUGAAUGCUAUCUGGGCAAUCAGGAGAUAACUCAUUAUGGCUGAGUUGAAGACUUAAGGUGUAAUUUCAUUACAGUCCAUUAGUAAAGUGUA